UGUGUCUCAAGUGUGUGUGUGUGUGUGUGUGUACCAUGUAUCUGGUCCUUGUGGGACCCAUAAGGGGGAUCGCUGCUGUUGGGUCCAGGACGGGGGUUGAACUGAGUUUCGGUUCUGCUGCAGAAAUGAGUCAAUGAAAAGUCCCCACAAAGACAGCAUGACCAACGUGUGUGUGUGUGUGUGUGUCAGGAUGUACGUGUUCGGAGGAUGGGUCCCACUCAUCGAGGACGACGUCAAGAUGGGGACCCAUGAGAAGGAGUGGAAGUGCACCAACAACCUGGCCUGCCUCAACCUGGAGACGAUGUGCUGGGAGACGGUUCUGAUGGACGGCGAUGAGGAGAACCUUCCCAGAGCUCGGGCCGGCCAUUGCAGCGUCGCCAUCAACUCCCGCCUCUACAUCUGGAGCGGCCGCGACGGAUACCGCAAGGCCUGGAACAACCAGGUGUGCUGCAAGGACCUGUGGUACCUGGAGACAGAGUGUCCCGUGGCGCCGUCCCGGGUCCAGCUGGUCCGGGCCAACACCUCGUCCCUGGAGGUAAGCUGGGGGCCGUCCAAAACCGCCGACACCUACCUGCUGCAGCUGCAGAGGUACGACAUCCCCGCCACACCCGGCUCCGCCCCCGCUGCCACAACACCUGCCAGCCAUGCUGUCCCGCCGCCUGGAAGCCCCUCAGCUGCAGCCGUCCUGAAGAUGGCGACACUUUCUGCAGGUGUUCGUGUGUCGCCACCUGCCCAGCCCAGUCAGACGCCAAUCGGCAGCAACCCGCAGAUGAGCGGCAUGGCGGCCCUUGCGGCGGCGGCGGCGGUGACGCAGAAGAUCCCUCCGUCCUCGGCAGCCGUCCUCGGCGCCUUGAAGACUGUCAACAACCCGGCCACGCGUCUGCUGAAGACAGCUGCCGCUCAAGUGGGCGGGGUUUCGGUAGUCCCCGCCCACACGCCGCAGAACCGGCCAAUCAUCACCGUGCAUAAGUCCGGCUCAGUGAUGGUCUCCCAGCAACCACAGGUGGUCACCACUGUGGUGGGCGGAGUCACCAAGACCAUCACCAUCGUCAACAGCCCCAUUAGCCUGGGAGGAGGCGGGGCUUUGAUUGGUAACCUUGGCAACCUAGGGAAGAUGGUGUCCAUGGUCCAAACCCGACCGGUCCAGAGCGCAGUGGUUACUGGUCAGGCUGGGAGCAGCCCAGUCACUCAGAUCCUUCAGACGAAGGGCGCACUUCCUGCGGGAACCAUCCUGAAGCUGGUGAGCGCCGCGGACGGGAAGCAGACCGCCAUCAUCAGCACGGCACAGGCCGGCUCCAACAAGCCCGCCAUCAUCAAGACCAUCCCGCUGUCGGCUCUGCAGGGGGCAGCAGGUGGGAACAGUCCAAUCACCAUCCUGAGCUCCAAGGUGGGAACUCCAGGAACGGAGAAGUUGAUCAACGCCGUCCCCAGGAUGUCCGCCGGCCAGCAGGGGGUCACACAGGUGGUGCUGAAAGGAGCCCCCGGGGUGGCCGGUACCAUCCUCAGAACCGUCCCAAUGAGCGGAAUCAGGCUGGUGUCUCCGGCUGCUGCUGGCACCAAGCUGGUUGUCAAGGGAACCACAGGCGUCUCCAGCCUGGGCACGGGAACAGGAAACGUCUCUGUCGCCUUGUUGGGAGGAGCCUCGCUGACCACGCCCACCGCCUCAUUGGCCAGCCAGGUUGCCACAGCAACCGCUUCCGGACCCAGACAGGUGACGCUGAUCACGACGCCCAGCGGCGCCGAGCCGCAGCCGCUGGUCCAGGACCUGCCGGUCUCCUUCAUGGCCUCUCCGACCUCAGAGGAACCUGGCAGCACCACAGGUACCACUACCACCACUAACGCCGAGGGAGACCCAGCCACAGCGGUGACUCUGGUCUGCUCCAACCCCCCCUGUGAGACUCAUGAGACCGGAACCACCAACACCUUCACCACCGCUGGAGCCGGCAGAGUCCAGCAGGUGUGUUCUAACCCCCCCUGUGAGACUCAUGAGACCGGAACCACCAACACCGCCACCACCGCUACAGCUCAGCAGAGUGGAGACGGUCUCCAUGGAGACGCCACAGACUCCGCCCCCUCAUCCGAAACUGCCGUCAGUCAGAGCGCGGCGGUUACCACAGUAACGCAUGCCACGCCCACACCGGGUCCAUCUGUCCCGGAUCUCUCCUCAUUGGUUGGUGGUGAGAGGGCGGAGGCCUCUGAAACCCUCGCCAUGGCAACAGGAGAAGAGGAGGAGCCAGCAAUGACAGACGGCCUAUCAGAGGGCAUGAUGUCAUCAGGAGUGUCUGCGCUGCAGGUUGAGAUGGCGUCCUCAGACGGAGGUCUUCCUCAGCAGCUGAUGUCAUCAGAGGUGGACGGAGGUGAGGAGAUCUCCAGGACGAUGACCUUCACGCUGACGACGGGACAGGUCCCAGACCAGAUGGCUGUUGCCUUGGCGACUGAGGGAGCAGCCAGGACCGUCGGUGAGGCCGGCCAAUCAGGCGACCAGGCUGUCCGCAUCGUGCUGACACCACAGGAGCUGGCGGCGCUGGUCCAACAGCAGCAAGAACCAGAACCAGAACCCAGCAGCGUGCCCACAGAGGGGCUCGCCCCGGCCGACAGCCUGAACGACCCGACCGCAGAGAGCCACGCCUCCCAGCCGGCCGCCGCCAUCAUCAGCGCCGUCGCCCGGCUGGCCAGCACAUUCAGCCCCGCCCCUUUGAUGACGGAGACCAAGAGCACGGCUGUCGCUAUGGCGACGGAAACCUCCAACGGCAUCAGAGAGCCGCCUCCUGAACCGACCUCUCGUGUGAAGUCGCCGCCGAAGGAGAACCCGUGGUUUGACGUCGGCAUCGUGAAGGUCACCAACGCCGUUGUGACUCAUUACUACGUUCCCUACGACAACGACGCGGUGGAGGAUGACUCCGGGCCGGCGCCAGACUACAGCCAGAUGAGGAGGGUGGAGCUUCAGCCGGGAACCGCCUACAAGUUCCGGGUGGCAGGAAUCAACAUCUGCGGCCGCGGCGCCUUCUCUGAGGUGGCGGCGUUCAAGACGUGCCUCCCCGGGUUCCCUGGAGCGCCGUGCGCCAUCAAGAUAAGCAAGAACCUGGGCGGGGCCCAGCUCACCUGGGAGCCGCCCGCCGUCACCGCGGGAAGCAUCACAGAGUACUCUGUGUACCUGGCCAUCCAGUCCAGUCAGGCCAAGCCGUCCGGUUCUGGCCCGGCCCAGCUGGCCUUCAUGAGGGUGUACUGUGGUUCCGACCCGUGCUGCCUGGUUCAGGCCUCCACCCUGGCCAACGCGCACAUCGACUACACCACCAAGCCCGCCGUCAUCUUCCGCAUCGCCGCCCGCAACCAGAAGGGCUACGGGCCGGCCACGCAGGUCCGAUGGCUGCAAGAAACCAGUAAAGAAUCCAAGCCGGCGCCGAAGAGAAGUGGAGCUUCUCAGGGAAUAUAAGAACCGGCGCCGCAUCCCAGAAUCCCACCUGACACAAAGAUGGUUGCCAACAACUCAACCUGUUCCAUCGGAACCGGAGCUCACAGAUACCGGACCUUGGUUCUGGUCUCAUCAAUCAGUUGAGACCAACGGCGGAUGGUGUCGAAGGUCCAAACCCGACCGGCAGCUGCUCCGGAGGUUCUGAAACUCCUCCGACUCAUUUCUACUCGGGUCCAGUUACAUCAGCGUCCAAUCAGACAGGCUGAUGGUUCUGAUGGUUCUGGAGCUCCUCCAUCAUACUGUGAGGUUCUGGUCCAAACUCUGUUCUUCUUCAGAACCAACCCAACACAAUGUGAAGAGCUAGAACCGGCUCCCUCCCAGUCCGUUUGUGUUCCUUAUUUUAAACCAUGAAAACACCAGAACCAGAAUUUUCUUGAAUGUUGGACUGUUUACUCAUCCAGAUCUGUUCUGUUCAGAACUGUCAAACUCCUGGCCCGAUGUGGGCGGAGCUUAAAGACAACUGGUGUGUUCAGGUGACGUCCCCUGGGUCAGAACUUUGCCUUUUCUUUGAGUUCUGGUGUUUAGUGGGCGGAGCCUGAGAUGAUUGAGAGACCCUAAAGUGGGCGGAGUCUUGAAUGUGGGCGGGGCCUGGUGUGUGGGCGGGGCUCUGCUGUAAAAAGCUUUAAUAAAACAAGUUUUUGGUUUUCUUUCUGUUGACGGAGGGCUCUGAUUGGUCCGCUCAUGCUGAUGUUAAAUAUUCUCUGGAACAAUAAAGAUUUUUAGAGCAUUUUUA